AUGACAUCAUUGCCCUUACCCCAGAACCAGAACCAGAACCAGAACCAGAACCAGAACAAUAUAAAUAUCCCUUCAACUUCCGCAGAUCCCUUUCAAAUAAAUCACCCAAACAAACCACAUUUUCCUACUUCCAAAUUCAAAAUGGAGAGCAUCAAGCAAGCCGCCAACUACGUCUCUGAGACCGUCCAGGGCACUGGAGCUGAGGCUUCCAAGGAGGCCAACAAGGGCGUCGCUAAGAACAGCGAUGCCAACGUCUCCACCCGCGCCAGCGCUGCUAAGGACGCACUCUCCGACAAGAAGGACGAGUUUGCCCACAACACCAAGGCCGAUGUCAACAAGGAGGCUGCCAAGAACUAA